AUGUUCGUUCGCCCAGCUCUCUUCGAGGGCAGUCCAUCAUCGCUUCGGAGGCCCAGGUGGCGGAGGCGCAUCUGUCGGCGUGCCACGAAAUUGGUUCUUCAGCUCUUGGAUAAAAUAGUGACCGAAACCUCGUCCCUCAGGAUCAGCUACCCCAUCUCCAACGUUAGCCCCGCUGUUGCCAUCAGAUUCCUUGCUGUCGAUGCAUCACAACAUACCCGACGCCUGGCCCUGGCGCAGUGGCUCAUGGGGCAGUGGUCCAUUCUGCUUCUCGUCGAUAUACCGAUGGAUUCGGCCGACGCCGCGAUGGAAUCCGGGGCUUCGGAGGAUCUGCGAGCGGGUCUUUUGUUAGCAGGCUAG